UACUCAUAAUCUAUAAUCAAUGCUGGGGUUAUCAGUGCUGCAGUAAGGAAACAUCUGUCCUGCAUCUGCAGGGGGACUGAGAAGGGGGCUGAUUGGAAAAUUAGAAAUCAGAUUUUUUGCUUGAAAUUUAUACAUUUUCUAACUUUUUGAUGUGAUUGUAGGACGAGUUGAACUCAGCUGUCAUUUUUUUAAGUUGCAGCCAUGUACAGCUGUGGCUACUCUCAGGUCAGCAAGCAGAGCCCGCAGGCCAAGAAAACGAUGCAGUACCGCUCCAAGAACAAGAGCUGUGGCUACUACAUGCGCAUCGUCUUCUUCUUCUCCUCGCUCAUCCAGUCUCUGAUCAUAGUCAGCCUGGUGCUCUUCCUGCUCUACGGGAAGUCUCAGGACACGGCGUGCGCAGCCCGCACCCUGGACCUGGAGGAGAGCUUCAGCCGCCUGUCCAUCGACAACGUGGCCCUCAAGCAGCAGCGCAAGAACCUCACCAACAUGCUGAACGCCACAACCACAAACAAGGUUCGCUGUGAGUUUGAUCUGCGUAAUCUGCGCCUCUUCUCCAACAAAUCCAUCGGCAUCAUGUUGGACUGUGACAAGAAAUUGCAACAGUGUAACACAGAGGCCCCCAAGGUUAGAGCCAUCAGUCCACGUGAGUAUUUCACUCAGAAACAUUGAUGUCAGUUGAUAAAUAGGAACUUUGAUGCUGCAUUGAAGGACAGCACCUUGUCCCUCUUCAAAUAAUUUUUUCAUUGUAUUUCCAUUGUAUUUUUUUUUAAUUAUGAUUGCGCAGUUUUUAGCCAAAAAUCCAGAAGUUUGUUGUUUUUUAAGACAUAUUUUCUCCAGAGCAGCACAUGUUGAUUAGAAGUUGUAAUUCUUUUAUAGAAAUGUCCUCCGUCAUGAGAAAAAAUGCUACAAGAACAUGUUUAAAACACAAAAAAACUGAUUGUAGGGGUUCUCUCAACUGGGUUUCCACUUGUUGAAGAGUUAGUAAUCAAUUCAGCAUUUUAUUGAUUUAACGAUGGGUCCAAUUUUUUUCUACCUCAUGACAAGCCAAGUCAGAUUUAAGGAUGUGAUUUUGGACUUUCUGAAGUGGAGCGUGUGUGGCUUCAAA